AUGUCCAGCAGUACAUGUCUACCGGCGCUCGUAGAAAAAACAACACAACCUCUGUGUGUUUAUGUCCAGAAAGCAAAAUGCCUUAAUCCACCACGUACUGCCCGGCGUGUUGAAAACUAUAUUCAGGAAUGCCAGGAAGAGGUGAAAAACAAACUAGUCAGUGAAGCUUAUGAUAUACUGAAGCAUGAAGUCUCCCCCACGGAUGAAAUACAUGAAGAAGACGAAUACUUAGCAACAACAGAGGCAAUGGAAACGGUCACUUAUCCUUAUUAUGAAACAAAUAUACCGAGCACACAUCUCGGAAAUAAAAAUGAAAAUUCUGAAGAGAACCCAUCAACCUACCACACGUACAAUGAAAUGCCCAUAAGACGCAAGCGAACAUCAGAGCAAAUAUCACCACGCCGCUCAGAUGACAUCUACUCUUAUGAUUACAAUGAAAUCUACCACCCCACCUUGGUACCUCCUGAAGAUAAACGCAUAGCGGGUUGUUUGCUGCAUUGCGUUUAUGCCAAAAAUAAUGCAAUCGAUAAAAUGGGUUGGCCAACGUUGGACGGACUUGUGCAUUUUUACUCGGAAGGUGUUAAUGACCAUGGCUUCUUCAUGGCUACAUUGCGUUCAGUUAAUCUAUGUUUGCAUGCCGUCAGCAAAAAGUAUCGAGUGAGUCGUUCAAAGUAUCCAGAGCAGGGCGAAAGUUGCGAUGUAGCUUUUGAUGUUUUCGACUGUAUAUCGGACCAAAUUACAGGAUACUGUUUAGAUAAUUACAAACAUUAA